GCUGUUCUAAGUUUUAUUAAAAAUACCACAAGAGAAUAAUAAAUUAAGGGAAAAUCUCACAACAAUGAAACCAUUUUUUACAUCGCCUGUUGUAAAAUUGUUUACGUCCAGGACAUUUCCAGAAGACAAGCAUGACCAAUUUUCACCAAAUUCAACACAGUUUAGUAAAACUGUAUUCUAGUGAUCAGGUGAAAUGUCGGUCGGCAAAGCAGGAUGCGUCGGGUUUGCUAUAAUUAUGCUCUUCUAUGCAUUCGCAAACAUCGCUCUGUUUCUCGUAGAUUUCAUUUUUCAAAGAGGAGAUCCAGAUUGGACAAGUCUGUUCAAACUGAUGUGUGAUUUUAUAUUGGUUCCACCAUCUUUUCUACUCAUAAUAGCUAGUUCAAAGGAGAACUUGACAAUGGUAUUGAUUGCGGAAGUUAUAUACAUCUGCACAACUCUAGCCCAUGUCCUCUGCACAAUUCUUUUCUUCCUUUUAUACCAAAAACAUAAAGAUUUUGGAAUGAAUUUCAUGAUAUUUUUGAUUCAGCGAGUAAUUUUCUUUGUCGUAAUGAUUGUUGGUGUGAUAUUAAUGAUAGUCCAUCACCGUUCAUUAAAAGGUGAAGAUGAAUAUGUUGUUUAUGAUACCAAGGACCAUUAUUUGGGAGAUGAUGAAACGGACAUAUCUAGAUUCCGCGGGGGAAAAGGACUACUGGAAGAAAGCGAUGAAGAUGAUGUUCCUUGUAACGACAUGGCAGAUGAUGCUGAGGAUGCACCAAAAACAGGAGUUCCAAGAACUGCUCGUUUAGCGCAAUAUUUACAAACAGGGGAAUUUGUCGGGGAUCCUAAAGAAAUUAAAGAAGCCAAGGCGUGUAAUCCAUGUGCUUAUGUCGAACCUCACUGUGGAAAUCGUUUACCAGCUACACCAUUAAAACCUCCAACAUUGCCACCUUUGCCGCCGAUGAGGACAUCACCGAAAUAUAGAACUGUGUUUCCAACUUCACGGUCAGUUGACGUCCCUGAAGGGCCUUCCAUGUUUCCAAAAAAAUCGUUCCAACAGGAGGAAAAAUGUAUGACAGGAGGUCAGAAGACCAGAGCCAGCUGUUGUGGUGGUGGUGAAGUCUUGGAGUUAAUGCCCGAUGGUAGAGAUGCAGCUUCUUGUGUUAUUGUAAAAAAUGUUGGAAAUCCUGUAGCCAUGAUGAAAAGAUGUGCCACACCACUAGUUCCAUGUCCUACUGUUAGGAGAUCAUCUCUUAGAAGUAUAGGUCAAAGUAGACGUGGUUAUUCUUUCAAUGGACCACCACCGGUACCACCACUACCCAGGCAUUCAAUGGGGAGGCCCAGCUCAGUGCCAGGGAACUAUUGCCAAUCAAGCUGUGCACCUGGCCAAUAUGAUUUUUCCGGAACUCAACCGCUCGAAUCAGAACUUGUAGAUCCAGGAAGGGAGACAAAACUAUGUCCCCAUAAAUUUCAAGCCGAAAAGUCCAUGUGCUUUUCCAAGGGUCCUGCUAUCCCUCCUAGCAAUCCGCACACCUCGGCUUGUCUGCCUCCGAUCAGUCUUGAAUCAGAUCCAUGGGGGCAAGGCUGUCCUCAAGUUCCAGAUCUUUGUUUGGUGGGGCCUAAAACCCAUGAGUUGUGCCCCAAGCCGCUUAUACCACCUUGUGGCCAUGUGGAAUGUGCAGCACCUGUUCAAUUAGAUGCUCCAAGGACUGUAGAUAUUAGAAUAUUAGAAAGACCCCCUCCUAGAGAGCACAUGAGAUCUGUGCAUUUUGAUGCAAGAAGUAAUUUGAUGACUAGAUAUGGACCUGCACCUAAUGAUACAACCUGUCCUCAUAAUUAAACUCUUGUUAAUGUG